UCUCUUUCUCUUUUUGAGACUAUUUUAUAGACAGUCGUGUUUUUUUACUCUUUCAAAAUUUGUCAACUUUUAUUUCAAGCAACAGAAUAUCAAGAAACAUAAGAAAAAGGCAAGAGAUGUCUAAAAAGCAAGAAACAAGAAGCACAGUGCAUCGUAGAUUAAACUUUAGGCCUUUGAAUUUCGCUAAAAUUGCAAGCGUUCCAAAAUUAAAUACGCAUUCCGGUGAUUUCUCGUAAUCGACUAAAUUUAAUGAAGAAUGUGGCGGAGGAUGAUAAUAUCCCCUUUGAUCCAAGCUUCUCGAUACGUCCCUGAUAUCUUCGCGUAAUAUGAUCGAAAGUCAAAUCUGAAAGCGUACUAAGACUUGAAAGCUGAAAGCGCCCCGAAAAUACGAAUGCGAACUGCGGAGGGACUGGACACGCGCGGGCACGCUUUCGAUCGGGCAGCGCGUUUUUCUGCAAACUCCCGCGGAAUUUUGCGACUACCCGGCGACGUGCGGCGGCUACUAGUCAAGUAUAUCAAUCGCAGGCAACCGACGGCGCGGGAAGAUGCUUUACCUCGAAGAUUACGUCGAAAUGAUCGAGCAUCUUCCACAAGAGUUACGGGACCGAUUUACAGAGAUGAGGGAGAUGGAUUUAGGUGUACAAAAUUCCAUGGAUAGCCUGGAAAAGAAAGUAAAGACGUUUUUUUCCAAUGCUAAGAAGAUGAAACCCAGCGAAAAGGAAGCAGAGUACGAAGCUAUCAGAAAAGAGUAUUAUAAGACUUUGGAAGAUGCAGAUGAGAAGGUGCACUUAGCCAAUCAGAUGUACGACUUGGUAGACAGGUACCUGAGGAGGCUCGAUCAGGAGCUACACAAGUUCAAGAUGGAACUUGAGGCAGACAAUAAAGGUAUCACCGAAAUCUUGGAAAAGAGAUCCCUAGAGUUGGAUCAGCCACCCACAAAUAGCAGCCAAAAAGAAAAUCGUUACAGUUUCACACCGAGCAGAACGCGAGAUAAUCAUAGCCAUUCUCGAUCGGAGAAGCGACGGGACUCCAAUGCAUCUUCCACGUCAGUCGAAAAGAGGUUAGUGAUUGAGAAGCUGCCAACAACGACAAGUCUACCGGAGUCACGGCCGGCAUCAGCAAAUUCCGCGCCUAUUAUCACAACGAAUAGUGUCACGCCGGCACCGGCAGCGAUUGCUAAUUCCGUGGGAUCAGUAUGUUAUAAUCUCGGCCACAUCGGCGCCGGUGGUAAUGCCAUUGCGGCAGCAGCGUCACAGGCGAUUGCGGCCACGCAAUCAAUGCAGCAAGGUAGACGCUCGGCUAGUUUAAAGGCAAGCUAUGAGGCUAUUAACACUGGUGGCGUACAUGCUGCGGAAUUCAGCAGGGAACUGGCCGGUGCGGCGCAAACCGCCAUUGCCGCUAUCCAGGAGACUACAAAGAAGCAUAAAAAGAAAGUUACAGCUACUACUGUGCCGAGUUCGAGCGUGAUCGCAGCUACAGUGCAACAGCCUGUGUCUCCACCAGUGGUUACCACAACCACGCAAGUAGUGGAUCCGGACAAUCCGGAUUGGACAUACGAUCCGAACGAACCACGCUAUUGCAUAUGCAAUCAAGUUUCGUACGGCGAUAUGGUUGCUUGUGACAAUUCAGACUGCCCUUUUGAAUGGUUCCAUUAUCCAUGCGUGGGGAUCACUGCACCACCAAAAGGGAAGUGGUAUUGUCCUCAAUGUACAUCCUCGAUGAAAAGACGUGGCGGACGAAAAAACUGAUUAGAUGAGAAAAAGAAGAAGCUAAGGAACCAUGUUGACCACAUUAAGAAAGCAUCGCUGCUACUACCUCUUAGAUACUGUCUGUCAAGUACCAACUUAGUUAGGAAGCUGUUUUUAGCUCUGAUUUUGUAUAACUUUUUUAAUGUGCUGUUUCGAGUCCGCGUCAUUAUCUUAAUCUUCGGUCUUCUCUUUUCGUAAUUGACCGAGUAUAAAAA